AUGGAUAAACUCGAUAAAAUUAUAGCAUAAUUAGACGAAUUGGAAAUUAGUUAAAAACACAGGGAAGAAUUGCUCAAGCGAAAUCAAGCCACUUUUCUUCUAAAAUUGCCAAAAGUCAUUUUAAUCUAGAGAGUGUGUGGGUUCUUAGAUGACAAUGAUCUAUAUAGAUUUACAGCAACUUGUUCUACUCUCAGAAAGGUAAUGUUCUGUCCUUUGGGAUUCAAAUUGUUAAUGCUUAGUAGAAAUGCUAAUCAUAUGGUUGUUGGACCAAAACAAGAAGAGAUAGAACUUGAGCCUGAAAAGGUUGAGGAUAUAGCAAGUGAGAAUUUAUAAAACAAUAAUAACAUGUUCGAGACAGAGGAGGAUACUCUAGCUGAAUUAGAGGUUUUGAAGGCUGUGCAGGAUUUCUUAUAGAGCAAAUUGUCAGAUUCAUAAGCUAACAUGAAAAAAUUGCAGGAAAUGUUGGAUGAUGCUUAGGCUACUCUCAAAUAUCAAAGGUCAGUUAAUCUCAAAUUGCAAUCCAAGAUUAACAUUUUGCAAAAUCAAUUGUCCACUUCUGAACUUCAGAGAUAGGAUAUCAAAGAGAAUAUGGCCGAGUUGAUUUAAAAAUAUAACAAAUUAAUCAUCUAAAUGGAAGAAGAAAGAGUCAUCCUUUUGGAGGAUAAGGAGAAACUUCUGGGACAUAAGAAAGUCUUGAUUGAAGAAAUCUAUAGAUUGAGAAGAUUGGUAUCUUAGAUGGAAGGAAAUCAAAAUAGUUAUAAAGAAGCCUUGAGAUAAAUGAAAACCUUUAUGGAAUGUGUUGAAGUUAAAUCUAUUUGA